AUGUCCGAGGGCCGGCCCGCGCAAAGCCCGCUUCAUUUUAAAGGAAUCAAAAUGAUGGUCAACGUCAAUUUUUUGCAGAGGUCAAUAUGUACAGAACCGCUGAAAGAGCUGACCAACGCCGGGGCUUCCGGCUCGAUUUUCUACGUCUCCCAGGACGACCAGUUCAUCAUCAAGACCGUACAGCACAAAGAAGCCGAAUUUCUUCAAAAGUUGCUCCCCGGCUAUUAUAUGGUAGAGUUUUCAUUCAGGGAAAAAAAAGGCCGCAGUAGUAGGGGGAAAUUGUGCUCUAUGGACAAUUUGAGAAAAAGAGAAAGGGACAAGAUUACUGUAACACGUUUUCGGCAAAAUUUGAAGAAAAACGGAAGAAAUCAAGAAUUUUAUCAGUGGAGCGCAGAAGCUGAUGUUUGAGCCAUUUUAGGCGGCUAUUUUUGAAGUAAUUUUUUAAAGGGCGGAUCUUAUCCAUGGAGCGCAUAAGCUCAAAUUUUUGAGCUCUUGGCAUAUUUUACGUCAAAUUUGGAUAGAAAUCCCCGAAGAAACUGAUAAAAUUGCCAAAAAUCAACUACAGUAGGAAAAAUAUUCAGCUUUGUCCGUGGAGCGCAGAUGACAUUUUUUUUGAUUUUCCAACGUUUUUUCUUCUAGAACCUGAACCAAAACCCUCGAACACUGCUCCCCAAGUUCUUCGGGCUGUUCUGCUACCAGAGCCUCGGGAAAAAUAUCCGAUUGUUGGUGAUGAACAACUUGCUGCCACAGACGGUCACCAUGCACGAGAAGUACGACCUGAAGGGCUCCACCUACAAAAGGAUGGCCAAUAAAGCGGAAAGGGCCAAGGUAAUGGUUUUUAUCCCAGAAAAUUGGUCUUAGGUGGCCCCUAGAGUGGGGUCCCCUUUAGGAACCACUUUAUCUGACCCUUUAGGGACCACUUUAGCUUGAAAAAGUGACCACUCUAGGGCAGCCUGGUAGUAGACUCCAUACGUCUCCUUAACGCUCAAAAAAAAACAUUUAAAAAUCACUAUAGGGACCACUCAAGCUGUACUGACUUGAAAGGCCGAACCCUAAACUUUUAUAGGGACCACUUAAAUUUUAGCCCUUCCAGGAGUAAGCUGUUAUUUCAUCAACCCCUCUAGGGAACACUCUGACGUUGCUAUAGUCUGUUCAGAUUUUAAAUGUCAAGUCGUCGCUCAAGCUCCGCCCCUAAUGGCGCGAUAAACCAAUCAGAGAGCGAGCCAUCCACAGAGUGUUUUUGAAUGACGUCAUUGCAUUUGACAUUAAAAAUCUGAACAGACUAUAAGAAAAGUUCAUCUGACUUUUUUUUCAUAUCAAACCAGUUUUUCAUGGAAAAAUGUUUCAGGCACAUCCAACCCUGAAAGAUCUGGAUUUCAACGAAGCUCACCGGGAUGGACUAUUAAUCGAACCCGUGGCUCUCGACGCGCUCAUCAAGACGAUCAGUCGGGAUUGCUUGGUUGGUUUUUGUUCCUUUUCACUAUCAAAUUGUUGCGCCCGACUCGAAACGGCUUGCGCGCGAAUGUUUAAGCAAGCGUUAGGCAAAGCGAGGGCCAUAGCGUUUUUGAGCCAUUCCAAACGCGGCCAAGAAGGUCUUUGUUAAGCCCAAAAGAAAUAAGUCUUUUUGAGACCUGAUUUUUCUCUUUUUUUAAGGGUCAUAGUCUUUCGAGCCAUUCCAAAUGCGGCCAAAAAGCUUUUAUUUUCAAAUUUUUUGAAUGAAAGCUUCUUGGCCUUGAACGCUGUAGGGAAAAACGUAUUUCAAAACUUAAUUUCACAGCUCUUUGAGCCAUUCCAAAUGCGACCAGGGAGGUCCUACUUAAGAUGAAGAGUUUUUUUAGACGCAUUCUGUUCAUUUUUUGAGGGUUAUAGAGUUUUGAGCCAUUCCAAAUGCGGCCAAGUAGCUCUCAGUCGAGCCGAAGAAGUGAAUUUGAGAUCUUAUUUUUUUGAUUUUUUUCUUUUUUGGGGGGUGCUGAAGCAUUUUAAGCCAUUCCAAAUGCGACCAAAGAGCUUUUUUUAAGCCGGAAAGAGAGCCUUUUCGAGACCUAAUUUCGUUCUUUUUUUGAGGGUCAUAGCUUUUUGAGCCAUUCCAAAUGCGACCAAGAAUUUUGUCGAUUUCCAGGUCCUGGAAAGCUUCAAAAUCAUGGAUUACUCGUUGCUCGUCGGCAUCCACAACGUCGAAUGGGCGGCUGCGAACGGCGGCCAGAGGUCGUCGACAUCUUCGACGUCUUCCGCAACCUCUCAGAAGGCUGGAGAUGAUCCGACGACGUCGGCAGGGGUGGAAGACGGCGAUGCUUCCGGGGCACGACCGAAGGUGUGGGGAUUUUUUGAAAAAUUCAGGAAUUCUACUAUUUUUUCCAACCUUUUAGAUUAAUUAUUUGCUUUCUAGAAGUGGCCCCUUAAGGGAAAAUUCAUUAAAAAAACGCUAGGAGGUUUUUUUUUCCUCAGAAACUUGUUCUUUGAAGGAAAAUGAAAUUUUAGGAUUCUUGAAUAAAUUUACAUUUUGUGAACAUUUUCAUCAUUUUUGUCCAGUUUUUUGCGUCUUUGAUCAAUUGUUUGUCUCCUAGAAGUGACCUCUUGAGGGAAAAGUCUUCAGAAAAGAGUUAGGACGAUCUUCUUAAAGGGGGGUUCUUUUCUGAAAUUUUUUUAGGAACAAGUUCUUAUCAGGGAGUUAACAGAAAAGUUGGAGCAUUUUUUUCAAUUUCGGUCCCGUUUUUUGCGUCUUUGAUCCUUUUUUGUCUCUUUUAAGUGGCCUCUUUAGUGGAAAAACAUUAAAAAGACAUUCGAAGGGUCUUCUCAAGGGUUUUUGAUUUCUCAGAAGUUCGUUCUUAUCAGAAGUAAAGGGAGGUAACAGAAAAGUUGGAGAAUUCCAAAAUUUGUCUUGUUUUUUGCGUCUUUGAUCCUUUUUUGUUUCUUAGAAGUGACCUCUCUAGUGGAAAAACAUUUAAAAGGCGUUAUAAGGCCUCAUUAAGGUUUUUCUUAUCAGAAACUCUUUCUACGAGGAAAAGCUAACGUAAAAGUUGAAAAAAAGGAACUUUAUCAUUUUUGUCCAGUUUUUUUUGCUUUUGUUUUGUUUUUUUGAAAAUACCUAUUUUAUUAUUCCUGAAAUUGACGCCCCCCCUUAAACAUCGUUAAAAUGGUUUUCUUGAACAUUUAUCUUCUCAAAAACUCGUUCUUUCUUGGGAAGUGCUAAUAAAAAAGUUUUUAGACUUUCCUAUGAAGUUCUGAAGCAAACUAGAAAAAAAUCGCGUUUGUAAAUUUUUUUAUCUUGCUUCAAAAUAUUUUUUUAUCGAGUUUUUAACGUAUAGAAUCGAAUCGUCUCAAUUAAAAAUUUCUAGAAGUGUGUUUUUCUGAUUUCAAUACUUUGAUUAUAACUAAUAUUCUCGACCAAAAACCCAAUUUUUUUUUCAGCCAAAAUGGUCGGUUUGGGAAUCCAGUGACCCGGAUACCCCACAUGGCGGUGUUCCGGCCCGAAAUGCCAACGGAGAUCGACUUAUUUUAUAUUUAGGUAUCAGAAAAUCCUUAAAUACCUUAAAUUGAUCAUGAUUUCAGGUAUUAUCGAUAUUUUACAAAAUUAUCGACUACUGAAGAAGUUUGAGCACACGUGGAAGGCGAUUCUGCACGAUGGGGUUGGUUUUUUUCGUUUUUUUUUUUAGUUAGGGACCCCAGAGUGGUCCCUGGAGGGGUAAUUUAGCAGUUCUUGAAGAUCCCCCUCUAGGGACCAUCGUAUUUCCACCUCUAGGGUCAUUUGAACUUACAAAAAUGGCAACUUGAGGGGUUUUAGUUAGUGACCACUUAAGAGAACCAGGCUAGUGGCUCCUUGGGUUCCAUAGUUGAAAGACCACUAUAGGGGCCACUUAAGGUUCAAGCGCUUAGUUGUCAGACUCUUAACCCCUAUAGGGGGGGCACUAAAUUGUUCUCUAUAGCUGCUGUUUUUCUCCUAACCCCUCCAAGGACCACUCCGGCGUUCCUAAGCACCUCUAGAGUGAGAUAAAAAAUAUUUCUUGGCGAUUUUUUUCAAAAUUUCAUUUCUCGACUUUUUCAAUGAUUACCUUGUAUAUCAAAAAAUAUUAACAAGAGUUAAAUUUAACAAAAAAAAAGUUGACCAUUUUCCUGUUUCUGGAUAGUUACAUUAAUAGAAAAAUUGAUUCGACGACGCUUAAUGCAACAGUAACUACUCUAUUUGAAUUUUAUUGGUAGGAUGGCUCAGUUUUGAACUGACUGAAUUUUCCAUAGAAGCUGGCGAAAGUCGUUCUGGGGUCGGGCGCAAAUUCGAAUGAGUUUCUAUGGGCUGCAAAGUCGUUCAGAAAAAAAUGCAGAAAAAUUCCAAUUCCACGAGAUCUUGAGAUGAAGCUAGCGAAAGCCGUUUUUGGUCGGGCGCAAUUUCAAACGCGUUUCUAGGGGUUGCAAAGCGCUCAGAAAAAUACGAGAAGAAAUUCAUAUUUUACUAGUUUUUGAGAAGAAGCUAGCGAAAGUCGUUUUUGGUCGGGCGCAAGUUCAUGAGCGUUUUGAAAUUCCAUAGAUUUUCGAAAUGACUAGCUUUCCACAGAAAAAACGAGACGAAGUUCAUAUUUUGCUAGUUUUUAAGAUAAGGCUAGCGAAAGUCGUUUUUGGUCGGGCGCGAAUUCAUGAGCGUUGAGAAAUUCCAUAGGCUGCAGAUUUGACCAGUUUUCUACAGAAAAAAACGAGACGAAAAUCAUAUUUUAAUAUUUUUGCGAAGAUGCCCGCGUAAGUCGUUUUGUGGUCGGGCGCAAAUUUAAAUCAGUUUCUAUGGGCAUCAGAGUGUUCAGAAAAAAUGCAGUAAAAUUCCAAUUUCACUGGAUUUUUGAAGGAAAAAUUCGGAAAUGAGAUUUAUUUAACACAAUAUUUUCAUUUUCAGGACACAAUCUCAGUACACAAUCCGAAUUUCUACGCCUCGAGGUUCCUGUCUUUCAUGACAGAUCAUGUUUUCCGAAAAGGACCAGGUAUUAUAUUUCAUUUUCUUGAUCAUUUUUUUAGUCCUAGAGUUAGAUUUCUUCUCGCUUAUCGUUCUCUUGUGCACAAUAGUCGUAGUUUUUAAAAUUUUUAGAUUUUAGGUACCAUACGUGGAAUAUUUUUAACAGUUUUGAAGGCGGAAAAAUACUUUUUUUGAGGUAUUUUUAUCAAAAACCAGCCACAGAAAAAAAGCAAAAAAAUUGUAAGAGGAAAAAAACGGCCGCGAAAAAAAUGGGGAAAGUGCGCUCCAUGACUAAUUUUUUUCAGAAAACGGCAUUUUUACGUCAAAAAAAUUGAAAAAAAUUUGUGGAAAUCUGAAUUUUUUUCAUCGAAAAGUAAUGUUUUUUUGAAGUUUAGGGGUCGAAAAAAAUCGCUAGAAAUUUCAAAAUUUAGUUUUUUUUUUUUGGCCAAAAAAGUCACUUUUCGGAGGAUUUUCAUUGAUUUUCCGAUUAUUAUACUGUUUAUUCCAUGAAUGGGCAUUUUUUUUUCCUUAUUUUUGUAGCUUUGGAGUUGAAUUGUUAGCAGUUUAGUGUAUUAAAACUUUAAUUUCUAUGAAUUUUCUUUAUUUUUGUCAAAAAUAAUACUUUCAAAGGGAAAAAAAUUCGAUAUAAGAAGCCUUCGAAAAAAAUUGAAUUUUUCACUAUAAAAUGAAAAAAAUUGUUUUGCCUGAAUAACCCUUUUACCCACUCGGAACUCUACUAUCGAUAGGUUUUUGAUUGAUUUUUUGAUUUUUUGAUUUUUUUUUUCUCAUCACCACUAACCACGCACAACAAACACACAAAGGCACAAUUUUUAUGAUUUCUAUUUUUUUUUCCAGGCUUGAAAGUGUGAGGAAAUGUUGAAACAGGAAUUUUUCAAGAAAUCUGUGAAACUUUGAAAAAAGUAACCAUUUUUUUCGAGUUUUUUUCAUUUUUUUAAGUAUUUAGAAUGUUCAGUUUUUCCACUCAAGACCUUUUUUUAGAUGCUCAUUUUAUUUUUGUUCAAAAAUUACUUAUGAAAAAGCUUGAAAAAAAAUAAAUUUUUCAUAUAGAAUUAGUUCAGUUUUAAAAAUAUUGGCUUUGAGAAGGAAAAAUUGAUUUUUUUUUUUGAGUUUAUAAUUUCAUCCGGACCAUCCAAAGGCAUGCUAUUCAGUGCGGACGUUUAUAAAACGCGACCGCUUUUUUCGUGCCCCACUGCGAAUUAAUAUAAUACGGCUUCCUUUCAGUUUACCUGGCACUUUUUCCAAAAUUUAAAUUUUUCCCAUCUUUCUUUGAGAAAGAACUGUAAAAAAAGUACUACGACGAAAUUAUCAAAUUUUUUUGCCCAUUAGAAAACUUUAAAAACGAUUUUCUACAGUUCAUGAAUCUGUAUUAGACCGGAAAGCAGGUGGAAAAAAUUAGAAUAUUUGACAAAAUAAAUUUUUGAAAAAAAUGAUUUUUAAAAAAAGAUAUUGUCACAAAAACCACUAUAUUGACCUGAAAAAUUAUCAAAAAGAUUCAAAUUUCUUUCUAUUUUUAAGAAAAAAACUCAAAAAAAUGCCCGUAUUUUUAUUAUUUCGCAUUGGAGCACAAAAAAGCGAUUGUAUUUUGUGAACGUCCGUACUUUUCUAGCUUGCUAGUUAUAAGCAGUGAAUGUAAAUCAUAAUGAUCAAUAAUAAAAAUUCUUAGAAACAGCAAAGUGAUGUUUCCAAAGUUUCACCGAUUUCUUGCAUCUCCUCACAUUUUCCAGCCUUUUUUGAAGCCACUCACUGCACAAAACUAAAAAAAAAACAGUUUAGUUCAUUCAUGACAGCUUUUGAAGCUUUAAAAGUGCUCUAUUUUGAGAAAAAUGGGCGUGGCUAACCAAUAAAGCCCAUUCGCAGUGGAGCAGACUUUUGUGUCUCAAAAAGGCCUCUUUUCCAUGAGAGCUUCAGUUUUGGUUCGAAGAGACAAGAAAAGAGGCGUGGCUAUCCAAUGAGGCUCCAUUCUCACUGGAGCAGACUUUCAUAUCUCAAAAACGGCUCUUUUCCAUGGGAGCUUCUAUUUGGCUUAAAAAAGCCGAAAAAGGGGCGUGGCCAGCCAAUGAGGCUCCAUUCUCACUGGAGCAGACUUUCAUUUCUCAAAAACGCCUCUUUUCCAUGGGAGCUUCUAUUUGGCUUAAAAAAAAGCCGAAAAAGGGGAGUGGCCAGCCAAUAAAGCUUCAUUCUCACUGGAGCAAACUUUCGAAUCUCAAAAACGCCUUUUUUCCAUUAGAGCUUCAUUUUGGCUUAAAAAAGCUAGAAAAGGGGCGUGGCCAACCAUUAAAGCUCCAUUCUCACUGGAGCAGACUUUCAAAGUCAAAAAAAGCCGUCAUGAAUGAACUAUUUCUCAAUGCGAAACGGAUGCAGGACGACUUCUGACUCUGAUUAAACGUGUGAAUAAUUUGCAGCCGACAUAAAACGGGGCGCCAAGUUCCGCACGUUAGUGCACAGUUACCUAGGUACCGAUAUAUAUCUAUAUGAACUUUUUUUUGGAAAAUAUUUGGUUUUUUACGUAACGCCAUUGUCAAGUGUUCGUUGUGUGUGGGUGCAGUUGAAAUUUCGAAAAAUCAUAAAUUGAUUUGGUUUGAGUUUUGGUUGAGUUUUUGGUUGCAAAUCCGAGAUCAAAAUCGAAAAAUGAGCUUUUUCGGAAAGUUCGCUCCAACGAACUUUGAGAGAAAGAGAGGGUACAGACACAGUGACGCAAACCGAACACGUCCAGGACGGUUCUGAACAUUUCUAGGGGCCUCUUUAGUGACGUCAGUACCCUUAAGUGAUCCCUCGACCACUCCUAACCGUUCGGUUUGCCUUUAAGAGGUCUGAGACGUCAUAUUUUGAGAAAUUGUCGUUGGAGCGAACUUUCCGGUUUGAAUUGAGCUGUUCAACUCCUUAAAUACCUACGAGUCAAAGAAAAUUAGUUUCUCUACUAAAAAAAAUUUUAACGCUUCUGUAAAAAUUCCUAAUGCUUUGCUAACGUAUAAUUGUUGUUUUUGGGUUGGAAGGAAUAUUAGAAAAACGUAAAUUGAGACAUUUUUUACAUGAUUUUGAACCUGAAAAUUUAUUUUUACGAAUUUUUACAAAUAGAGCAAGAUUCCUUUAAAAAUUUGCCCUAAUUUCAAAAGAACAAGAUUUUUUUCCCCGAUUUUUCAGGUUCAGAAUCAUGUCGAAAAUUCUAGUUGCUCUGCUGGGUUAACACUAAAAAAUUUGGAUCUCAAAAAUUCAGAAAAAAAAGGGUGCAAAUAAUGGAGGGUUUCAAAGAAGAAAAAUAUUUUUUUCAUGAAAAAAAAAAUGACAUUAAACUCAUAAUUUGUUACAUAGUUCAUGGUCGCUCAGAAAAUGACCAAACUUGACGUUUGAAAAAUGCGCCCGACCUGAAACGACUUGCGCAUUUGGGCGUUUUUUAGCAUUAGGGAAAGCUUAGGAGGUCUCAAAUCACAUUGGGACUUCUGAAUGAAAACCUUUCAUUGAGACGUAGUCGCUUGGGAAAUGACUAAAUAAGACAUUUAAAAAGUGCGCCCGACCGGAAACUACUUGCGCUUUUGGGCGUCUUUUAAGCAUUAGGGAGAGCUGAAAGGGUCUCAAAUCUCAGUGGGACUCCUUUGGAAUUUUUUGAAUGCAGUAAUUCGAGAAAAUGGAUCCCGUUUGAGCACUGAAAAACUACGCAAAAAGUCCUAACCUCCGAAAAAAAAAACUUUAUCAAAUCUCUAACUCUCCAUUUUUUGCACCCCCUCGUCAGUACCUGUUUGAAGCUUCUCCCUCUGCCUUCCGUAGCCGUCAAGUCGUCUCAUUUUUGUUUUGUCUCUCUAAAUAAAAGCCUCUGAUUCGCUGCUAACCUCGUCCCCUUCGCCCCCACGUUCGCCCCUUUUUCAGCGUUGAAACAGUCGCCGUCGCGGAGGCGCGCCGGCGCCCGCAAGAGCCUCGGCGACGACGAAGCCAAGGAAAUCCCGCCGCUCAACUCGGCGGAAGUCGUCGCCCAGUCGGCCAGAGACGCCCUCAUUCGGAGUGUCGCCGCCUCGGCGAGCCCAGGUAAAACUCCCACCUGUCCGAGUUUGAUCUGGGGUGUCUGGGAAGGGAGCUUGAAGCUUUGAGAAUUGAAGAAAUAGGUCUUAGCUCUCUUAAAAUCACGCGAAAAAGAAACUAGUUCAUUUUUUUGCUGUUUUUAUACUUCUUUUUUUCUCCUACCUGUUCGAUUUCGAUUCGGGUACCUGGAAAAUAAGCUUGAAGCGUUUAAAAAUGAGAAAUUUGAGCCGAAAAAUGGAUUUUUUGUAAACGUUUCUGACUGAAAAUCAAGGCUUUCUUCAACAAUUUUGCGCCCCACCUGUUCGAUUUCGAUCCGGUUACCUGAAAAAAGAGCUUGAAGCCUUCAGAAAUGACGAAAAUGAGCUUGAAGCCUCAAAAAUGAGAAAAAUGAGCCGAAAAAACGGACUUUUUGAGCUUUUCUGACUGAAAAUCAGAGCCUGUUCAACAACUUUUUGCGCCCUACCUGUCCGAUUUUGAUUCGGUUACCUGAAAAGUCAGCUUGAAGCUUUUAGAAAUGAGAAAAAUGGAUUCAAAAGUGGAUUUUUUGGACCUUUCUGAUUGAAAGUCAUGGCUUGUUUCACCAUUUUUGCGCCCUACCUGUCCAAAUUCGAUCUGGAGUGCUUGGAAAGGGAGCUUGAAGCCUUAAAAAUGAUGAAAAAUGAGUUGGAACCCAAUUUAUGAACUUUCUGGCUGAAAAUUGUGGCUUGUUCAUUUUUUGGCUGUUUUUUCUAUGCGUUUUGCGCCCCAUCGCUAAAUCUGUUUUAAAAAAGCAUUUAGAUAGUUUUAAUUGAAUAAAAUAGCCCGAUAGGAGCUAGAAACAAUUUUAGCUAUUUUUGUUGGAAAGGGCGCUCCAUUAGACAAAUUUAAAUGAUUUGGCUUAAGCAGAUAGGAAAAAUCAGUCAGAAGACCAGGAAAAGAAAAUUUAACUCAAAUAGGAUUAGAACUUAAUUUUAACGGUAUUUUUGACUAGAUUUGCCUUGUAAGUCAGAAAUUUGGAUUCUGGAAAAUUUUAGCCUAGAAUUCGGCCUGAUUUCAGCUUGAAAGCUAGCAAAAAAUAAGGUUUUUCGGCUUUUUUCAUUUUUUUUUUUCACCCAAUCUCCAAAAGCUCACAUUUCCCUGUACCCCUCGAUUCCUCUGUCGCUUCCAUCUACUCUUUGUUUUUCCAAUUUUUAACUUUGUUCAUUUGUAACUUCACAAAAAAAUAUUACAAAAACCUAACAAAAACCCAUUAAUCUCACUUUUUUUGGACAAUUUAACGAUUUCGAUUAACUCUAAUGCUAACAAGUUGCACAUAACCAGCUUAUCAAAAUAUUAUUUUUUUAUGAUUAAUAGAUUUUUUUCUUGGAAGUUUACGGUAGAUUUACGGUAUUUUUUUAAACUCCUCAAGACCCUUGAAAAUUUUAUUUUUGUCUAAAAAUGCUAGAAAAGGGGUCAGAAAUCGAGUUAUAUAAAAAUUUAGUUGAUUUAUGGUUGAAAAAGAUUUUUUUUUUUUGUAAAAAGGCUGACUUUUUCUCAGUACCCCGCGUGCAUUACGAGCAAUUUAUUUCAAAAAUCGAGCUUUUUUGAGCUUUUUCUCCAGCCAGUAGAACAGUUUGAGGUCUGAAAAAUCGAGGUUUUUAUAAUUUUGCAUUCCGCGUUUACCACGAAGUAUCUUCCCUUCAAUGCCCACGGUCUGUCUCUCUGUAUGCGCCUUUAAUACGACGGAAAUUCAGGCUUAAUUAAAGGCACAUGCACAGAGAUAGGUCACGGGUUUUGAAGCUCGGAGGUAGAUAAAAACCGUUGAAAGCUGAGACGGAAUGAGCUAUAGAUGUACUACGUUUUUCAGAAGAUCAAGUAUUUUUUCAGCCCCAACGGCCCCGGUAUCAGCUCGCGACGUCGUCCCGGUCCUCAUCCCGACGUCUACCGCCCAAACAUCGACGCCCCAGGCACCGUCUUCCGCCCGGGCACUCCCGAUGCGAAGGUCCUACCGCGAUGGCAGCGAGAAACGGGACAAGAAGGUAAUAGUGACAGUAAAAACCUUGUUAAAGGUUAAAAAGACAAUGAAAUAAUUUUUUGUCAUCAAUUCCGGUAUUUCUAUUGAUUUUAGCUUAAGAUAGGUUGAUAAAAAAAUGGUAAAAAAGGCCAGAAAAUAUAGAGAAUGUGCGCUCCACCGGUAAUUUUAAGGAGCAGAUGUCGGACGAUAUUUUACGAACUAUCUAUCACUAGAAAAAAAGUGGUUAAACGGCUUUUUUUAAAUUAAGGAUGAUAGUCAAAAUUUUUUUGGAUCAGGAGGGGGUGGGAAUUUUAGAUUUUUAAAAAAACCAUUUCUCGAAAAAUGCCUUUUUGGUUCAGUCAUGAUCGAUCCUAAACGUGACGGCCUUUCAGCGGGUGGACCCGUAAUAGGCCCGCUCUCAUGAUAGCCAGGUCCCUCAACGGGUACACCCGUAUUUUUAGGCUAUUUGAGUCUCAGUUGGGCUAAAACGGGAAAACGGACAUACAGAUCCCACUCUCAUGCUGAUGAGCGAUGCUACUGGGGUCUCAGCGGGUAUGCCCGUAUAAGCACAGCUGGUAGAACUUUUGGCAAUUUCACCCCAGCUGACAAGGCUCGUGCGGCACAGCUGGGUUACCCAGUUUUCUUACACCCGUUUUUGUCCCGUUUUAGCCCAACUGAGACUCAAAUAGCCUAGAAAUACGGGUACACCCGUUGAGGGACCUGGCUAUCAUGAGAGCGGGCCUAUUACGGGUACACCCGCUGAAAGGCCGUCACGUUUAGGACCGAUCAUGACUGAACCAAAAAGAAAAUGUAAACUUUCACGAUUUCAGUUUUUUUUAAAUCUAAAACUUUACCCGAAAAUUGUCUUCUACAGUUCCUUUUCCAUUAGAAUGAAGAAGUUUCGAUUAAUUAAAGGCAUAGGGGCAGUAAAAACGGAGUUUCAGGUGAAAGCAUUAUCUUAUAUAUAGUUUUUCUUCGCGAAUCGAAUGGUGUACUCAAAAAAGUUAUGUGACUAAUUUUGAAGGAAAACGCGCUUUGAUUCUGAAAAAAGUUAUGAGCGAAAAACCUCGAAAAUUUCCAUCCCAGGACAUGAAAUUUUUUUCCUGGGUGAAAAAUUUCUUUCUUUUGUUUCGAUCUGGAAAUGACCAGUAGAUGUGAAAAGGCUUGCUGAUCACGACUUUGCUAGUUUCGAGCCAUGAAAACACGAAAUAAAGAAGUUAUUCGGGAAUCUUACCCAAAAUUACACGUUUUUUGGAUUUUUCGGGUCAUAGAUGGAAAAUUCUCUAACAUGAGCAAUAAUGAGAAGGCGUGAGAUGUAAGAUUUUUAAAAUUUGAAUAUAGUCUGUUCAGAUUUUUAAUGUCAAGUGCAAUGUCGUCAUUCGGAAACACUCUGUGGAUGGCUCGCUCUCUGAUUGGCUUACAGGGCCAUUAGGGGCGGAGCUUAAGCGACGACUUCACAUUAAAAAUCUGAACAGACUAUAAAAUUAUUUUGCACCUUGUGACAAACUUCGAUCGAGACCCGUUGAUUUUGUGACGAGAUAUUUAUUUUCGAAGGUUUUUACCGUAAUCCUUUGAGCCACCGUAUCUCGCAAACGGCUCAAAUGAUGCUAUUCAGUUUUUUUUUUCAAAAAAUCCUAAAAAUCGUGUUUUACAACAUAUUUGAUUCAGAGAAAAAGUUAUCAUACCGCCCUUUUUUUUUCCCAACCCAGCCUAAUACCAAAUGGCGUAGAACAAUGCGCCUAAUGCCCUUUUCCGAUUUUAUGUAUUGAAACUCGACAAAAAAGCCAACUUUGUUUCCUCCAUCAAGACAAAUCUUUUUAAUCUCGUCGUAUUUAAAAUAAAAAUUGUAGAACGUUAUUUGUAGACGAAGGAACACAAUUGAAUUAUUAAAUUUCAAACAUUUUACACGCUAAAUCGUCUUUUUGAAACCUAUUUCUUCCUUUUUAUUUCAGUCAUUUUGGAAGUAAUUAAUUAGAACUAUCCUGCAUAGUUUCUUUUUUCUGGCCGAAUGUAGAAUGGCUCGUUUUCAACGAAUAUUUUUCUAUUUUGAAAAAAAUAUCUACUAAAAACUGUUUUCAGAAGAAAUCUUUUUUUUCUUUGAUGAAAUAAAUUAAAUCUCAAAAGCAUAGGGGCAGUAAAAAACGGAGUUUCAGGUGAGGGCAGUUUCUUGUAUAGUUCUUCAUUGCGAAUCGAACUGUGCUAUCAAAAAAAUUACAGAUCUGACUACUUUCGAAGAAAAACGCGAUUUUGCUUUCCCGCCUUUAAUUUUGAAAAAAGCUUUGGAUCGGUGCUCAGACAACUGUUUACAGUAGCGUGCACGCGAUGUUGUGGACGUCACAUUAGACUCGCAUUUUGUGAGAAAUAACCGGAUGUCUGCUUCAAAUGAAUUUUUUCUUCUCUGAAAAAUCAUUUACUCAAACAAAAAACAAACAUUGAUAAUAAAGAAAACACAAAAUGUCGCUAUCCCAAUCGAAACCUGUGUAAAAUCAUCAUUUUUCACCAAAGAAGCAUUUUUGCGAUCAAAGUUUGCAAAUUAUACAUGAAUAGAAAGUUUUUGUGACGAAAAGAACUUUGGUGAUAACAGAAAAAAUUGAAAAUUGAAAGAAACGAAGAAAAAAGCAAAAAUCCGAAAAAUGGCGAAGCGUGUUGUCCAUAGAGUAACUUUACUGCAAAGCGCCCUUUUUGCGGGAACUCAAACUUUCCUCCCUCCGACUUUGAAUCAUUUUUUUCUCCAAAACUAAGAACUUCUGUACGUUUUCAAGUUCACCGUUCGAUUCGCAAUCAAAAGCUCUAUAAAUAACCGCUUUGAACUGAAACACCGUUUUUUACUGCCCCUAAGCUUUUAGUUGUGACCUUUUUCAGGUGGAACGACUCUUCGCGACGCCUUCCUCGACCAACCGACCCGAAAACGAGCCGCUCCGGGAGCAGGACGAGUCGCCGGAAGAGAUUGUGAGUGGAGCCGGUCGUUCGAUCUGAGGAGACUUGUCUCGAUCUUUUUCUUGCCCCCAUUUCAAAUCCAAUCUUUUGUGUUCUCCGGGUGCUUUCUUCUCUUCACUCGUCCCCCUUUUUUUUCUCUCCUCCCUGUCCGAAUUUCCUUUCUCACCGUAUGUUCGGCUUCUGCUUAUGCUUUUGCACUGAAAACCCCGGAAAAUCUCAGUUUUUUCGUCUGCACUCGCACUGAAAAUUUUUUAGUUUGACAUUGUCGGAAAUAAUUUUGGCUUGGUGAAGGAAUAACAUUGAAAAAAUGAUGAUUUUUUGAAGAAUUUUAGACUUUUUAUUGAUUUCUGUUCGAAAAGUCGAUCCUUAAGGGACCCCUUGAAGUUGCUCAGUGAAAAAAUGAGCUUUUUUGAUGAUUUUUUGUUCAAAAAAUAGAUUAACCGAGGUACAAGUUCAAAAAACCCUCGAAAAGUACGGCGUUUUUGACCAUUUCUAGUGAUCCCUUUAGUGGUAACCCUCAAGUGACCCCUUGAAGUUCCUCAGUGAAAAAAUGAGCUUUUUGAUGAUUUUUUGUUCGAAAAAUCGAUCAACCGAGAUACAAGUUCGAUAAAAGCUCAAAAAAAGGCGUUUUUGACCAUUCCUAGUGAUCCCUCUAGUGGUUUCCCUUAAGGGGCCCCUUGAAGUUUCUCAGUGAAAAAAUGAGCUUUUUCGAUGAUUUUUUGUUCAAAAAAUUGAUAGACUGAGGUAAAAGAGUAUAAAGAAGACCUAAAAUCAACAAAAACCUCAAAAAAGAUCAAACCAAGCCAUUUUUAUCCAUGGAGCGCAGUUGCUUUCAAAAACAACGAAUUUUUUUAUUUUUUUACUGAAAAGAUAAGGAAACACAACAUCGUUUUUUUAAAAAGUUCGAAAAAAAUGGUAUUAUUUUUGAAAUUUUUUUCGGUUUUUAACCCAAGAAUUUGAAUAAUAGGGCUCCUAAUUAAAAAAAUGAGGUUUUUCUAUUUUUCCAAUCUGUUGAUGAUUUUUUUGUUCUGAUCGGAAAAUGGAUUUUUUUCUACUUUUUCUUUAUUUAGUUCAACCUAUCGAGGAUUUUUUUCGAAAUUAUUUUUAUUUCUCAUUUCGCUUCACUACAUACAACAGUAUUAAACUUUUUUAGAAUCUCUGUAAAUUUAUAUUUUUUUCAUCAUUUCAGCCUUUUUUUGGGACCAAUUGAAGCUUAUUUUUUUCUCUGAUAUUAUCUAUAUUUAAUUAUUCAAGUGCCUGGUAAUCACAUCACUUAGUUUUUGAACAAGUUUGGAAGGUUUUUUUCUUGAAAAUUUUUCAGAAAAAAAUCUUCCAAAUUUUUGAAAAAUUUUUCGUUUUUUUCCCUCAAUUGGAAUGCAAUACUUUUUGGCCACAUUCUUUCAUUAUUUUAUAUAUUUUAAUCAUUUUGCCUGCUCGAAACCCCUUUUCCAUCCUAUUUUCAAAGAAAAAAAAAAUGAUAAGAAACAACUUUUUUGAUAAAAAAAACUCGCUUUUCUAAGCUUCCAAAGCCAUUGAAUUUUUCAGCUUUUUCCCAAUUUUUUUUCGCUUAAAAUUAAGUGAUAUAUGUAUAGCUUAAGCAUAGGUCGUAUCCGGUUGUGAAUUCCUUUUUUUUGCCCCGAAUUUCGUUUCUUUUUUUCCCCGCCAUUUCCUUGUCGAAUUCUGAUUUUUUUCAACGUUUACAUUGAAUGAAAAGUUUGAUUUAUAGUUUAUAUCUUUUUUCUGAGUUGAAAAAGCACAAAUUGAACCGAUUUUGCAUGUGUACUUAGACUAAUCCAUAUUUUAGAUGUUUUGCCAGAAUGGCGAUUUUUCCGCGGAAUAUGCGCUCCAUGGAUAAUCGGCGCGAAAAUGGAGUUUUUGAUGGUUUUUUUCGAGUUAAAAAAACUGUAAAAUAAGAAGUUCUUCUUUUUAUUAGCCUUUCAAGUUAGAAAACAAGGACAAGGUCCAUUAAUUAGCGCCAGAGCGCACUUUCUCGAAAAUUAUGAUUUUUUUCAGACUUUCUGUUUCUCCCAUGCAAAUAUCGAGUUAAAAAUUCGCGAAUUUUGACAAAAAACCAGAUUUAUCCAUGGAGCGCACUUUUCCCUAUUUUUCGCGGCUCUUUUUUCUCAUAAUUUAAUCAAUCAAUUUUUUGGUUUUCGUGUGUUUGUGAGUGAAAAACUAACCUUAAUUCCAAUCCAAAUGACCGCCAAAUGUGGACUUUUUAGACACGCCUCUAA